AUGAGCUUCAGCCAGUCGCGACGCAUUGUUUCGCUUGUGUGCGACUCCAUUCGAUCCUGCCAGAUGACAGAAGGACACGACGAUGUUGCCAUGAAGGAUGCGAGCAGUCUGUUCGAAGAUCCAGAAUGUGGCGUACUGGACCUCAAGGCAGACUGGAGAGACCUGUUCCUGUUGCUGCAUGCACUGCAGGCGUCCAAGCCGAUUCUGCACCAUCGAACUUCAUCCUCCCGCGUCGCAACUGGAGCCUCCGUCUUUGCAGACAUCGAGCAGGUCGCGUGGUGGAUUGUGCAGACAAGUAAAACCAUAGAGAAGCACGCGCUAGAGCAAGUGGAGCUCUUGGUAAACUUUGGAGGCAAACAGAUCCACUCUCGUGAGUGGAAAGCUCUGCUUUUGAUGGACCUCGCUUUCUUCUGGAUAGAGCUCAGCAGUUCGACCAAGACUCGAGCUGAAGUGCUCUGCAGUCUCUUUGAACGCUCUCAGAAGCCCACACAAAGAAAGGUUGCUGCACAAACUCUUUCUCGACUAUUUUGCUCGCAGUCGGGGAAGCUAUUUCCGCAUCUUAAUUCCAUUCAAGAUUGGCUGAGGUAA